GCAGUGGCCAGCAAGUUGCACGGACAGGACGUGGAGGUGAACAUCAUCAAGCACAAGGGCGAUGACUGUGACCACGUUCAAUUUGAAAUCAAUGAGCGCGUCAAGAGCAUCGCAGUGUCAGAGCCGGAAAAGGACCAGAUUAACUUUGACCAGUUGAUGUCCUUUGAGAACAAGAUCAGCCCAUUUACCUUCUGUAAGGCAUUUCCAUUCCAUAUGGUUUUUGACAAGAACAUGAUNUUUGAAAUCAAUGAGCGCGUCAAGAGCAUCGCAGCUGGCAUUUCAAUUGCCCGAGUACUUCCUGCCUUCACAGAGAGUGACUGCCGCAUAACGGAUGCUAUGGAAAUGAUUCGACCACAUAUGGAUUUCACUUUCAACAACGUUCUCGCUCACAUUAACACUGUGUUUGUGUUACGAAGCAAAUUUGGCAGUUUCAACGAGAAUGGGAAGGAGUUCACGCGAAUGCGUCUCAAAGGUCAAAUGAUUUAUGUGCCGGAAACGGAUUUGGUACUUUUCCUCUGCUCUCCGAGCGUACUCAACUUGGAUGAUCUCAACCGCCGGGGACUUUAUCUGAGUGACAUUCCGCUGCACGACUCGACGCGUGAUCUCAUCUUGCUCUCUGAACAGUUCGAGGCCGAGUACAAACUGACAAAGAACUUGGAGAUUCUUACUGACAAGCUCCAGCAGACGUACCGAGAGCUUGAGGACGAAAAACGCAAAACAGACAGACUGCUGUACUCGGUGUUGCCGCCCUCUGUAGCAAAUGAGCUUCGCCACCAGCGUCCAGUGCCCGCCAAGAAGUACGAAUGUGUGACGCUGCUCUUCAGUGGCGUCGUCGGCUUCAACGACUACUGCGCCAAGAAUUCCGACUCAACUGGAGCAAUGAAGAUUGUCAAGUUGCUCAACAAUCUUUACACCACAUUUGACGUACUCACUGAUCCGGUGAAGAACCCCAACGUCUACAAGGUGGAAACGGUGGGCGAUAAGUACAUGGCGGUCUCUGGUCUGCCGGAACCGUGCGAGUCUCAUGCUCGUUGCAUUGCUCGAUUAGCACUGGACAUUAUGGACCUAUCACGGAGAAUAAAAACUGAAGAUCUGGAAGGAAUCAAACUGACCAUUGGCAUUCACUCUGGUGAAGUGGUCACUGGUGUGAUUGGAAAACGUAUGCCACGCUACUGCCUUUUUGGCAACACGGUCAACCUGACCAGCCGAACUGAGACCACCGGAGAACCGGGCAAAAUCAACGUCACUGAGGCCGCCUACAACUGCCUGAUGGAGAACAAGAAUCAUGAUUCAGAUUUUAAGUUCACCUACCGAGGUCCUGUGCUGAUGAAAGGGCGAGUGGAACCAAUGAAAAUUUGGUUUCUCACUCGCUUUUCAGCUGAGUUUGCGGAUGAGUGA